GCAAAACCACGCUUCAAAGUUUCCUGUGAGACCUCAGACCUGUAUACAGACAGUGGAUGUGUCCUCUUUCCAAAUAGACCAGAGCACAAUUCCAAAUUCCCUGCUGUGGUUUCCUCACCAGCACGCGGCCACUUCACUCAGGUCCUUCUUGAGGCCCAACUGCGGUUGCCAUCACCGCCAACACCACGCAACAUGUUGAGAUGGUACCAAGCCCGCCUCGCGGCGCGGCCGCUGCUCACACAAGCAGUCACGACAUCAAUCCUCUUCGCGAUAGGUGAUGUCACCGCCCAACAACUGGUCGACAAGAAGGGUCUCGAGAAGCAUGACCUUGCUCGGACGGGGCGAAUGGCCCUCUACGGCGGUGUCGUCUUCGGCCCCGCCGCAGCGACCUGGUUCAGGUUGCUCUCCCGGCACGUCAACCUGCGCUCGCCCAACGCGACGAUCCUGGCGCGCGUGGCCUGCGACCAGGGCAUCUUCGCGCCCACCUUCAUCGGCGUGUUCCUCAGCAGCAUGGCGGUGCUGGAGGGGACGUCGCCGCGGGAGAAGCUCGCGAAGAGCUACUCGGACGCGCUGCUCACCAACUGGAUGAUCUGGCCGUUUGUGCAGCUGGUCAACUUCAAGCUCGUGCCGCUGCAGCACCGGCUGCUGUUUGUCAACGUGGUUAGCAUUGGGUGGAACUGCUACUUGAGUUUCUUGAACAGCUCAUGAUUGGGCGCGCAGGGUGACGGUUGGGGCUGGCGCGGUAUUCGCUGGAGCGUUGACAUUCGAACGAGCGUUGUUGCUGCGGUUCAUAGACACGGCCGGAGUUCUGGUUCUGCGCGAGUGAGAUUUGAAUUUGGGGGAUCUAUGUCGAGCGAGCCAGAG